CCCGCCGCACGCCAUGAGCUUUUUCCCCUUUGAGUGGACGCGCAACGACACCGCUGGUUUCCUCACGGCAUCCAGCUCCAUGCUGACGGAAAUUGCUGUUAUUUAGGAGAAACCCCCCCCCGCCCUCCCCCCUUCCCUCAAGCCUCUUCCCCCGCUUACCGGUUUUUUUUUUGGAAGCGCCAUGCAAUCUCGCCGGUGGAGUUUUGGCAUUGGGCUGGUGGCUUGGACAUGGCUUUGGAGUCUGACAUGGCACGGAGCGUGGUGCAUCCCCGCGAAUGAAGUGAACCUGCUGGAUUCUCGCUCUGUGCUGGGAGACCUAGGAUGGGUGGCCUAUCCUAAAAAUGGGUGGGAGGAGAUUGGAGAAGUGGACGAGGACUACGCUCCGAUCCACACUUACCAAGUGUGCCGGGUCAUGGAGCAGAACCAGAACAACUGGCUCCACACCAACUGGAUCCUGACCGAGGGCGCCCAGCGGGUCUUCAUCGAGCUCAAGUUCACCCUGAGGGACUGCAACAGCCUGCCCGGCGGGGUCGGCACCUGCAAGGAGACGUUUAACAUGUACUACUACGAGACGGACGGGGGCGAGGACGGGCCGGAGGACGGAGAGAUGAGCGACGGAACGGGCAUGACGGAGGAGGAAGACCGGGCGAUGAAGGAGAGCCGAUACAUCAAAAUCGACACCAUAGCGGCGGACGAGAGCUUCACGGAGCUCGACCUCGGGGACCGCGUGAUGAAGCUCAACACCGAGGUCCGCGACUUGGGUCCGUUGACUCAGAAGGGCGUCUACCUGGCUUUUCAGGAUUUGGGGGCGUGCAUCGCCUUGGUGUCGGUGCGCGUCUUCUACAAGCGCUGCCCGUUCCUGGUGAAGAGCUUGGCCGAGUUCCCCGACACCAUCCCGGGCUCAGAGGCCUCGCAGCUGGUGGAGGUGGUGGGCCGCUGCGUUAACAACUCCCUGCCUUUAUACGAGCCUCCCAGGAUGCACUGCGGCGCGGAGGGAGAGUGGCUGGUGCCGAUCGGGAAGUGCGUCUGCCAGCCGGGAUUUGAGGAAAUCAACGGCUCGUGUCAAGUCUGCAAAGUGGGGUUUUACCGCUCGCUGCUGGAGUCCUUGGCCUGCAUUAAGUGUCCCCCCCACAGUCUGGCCAGGCAGACUGGAGCCACUGCUUGCAGUUGUGAGGAAGGAUACUAUAAGAUUGACUCGGACCCUCCCAACAUGGCCUGCAACCGCCCUCCCACUGCUCCGCGCAACGCCAUCUCCAAUGUCAACGAGACCAGCGUCUUCCUCGAGUGGUCCGUUCCCAUGGAAACCGGCGGCAGGAAGGAUGUGCGCUACAACAUCCUGUGCAGACGGGUCCUGCCGGAUGGAAGGGGCUUGGAAGAAUGCGGCCCCAAUGUGCGUUUCUUGCCGCGACGCGUCGGCCUUUCGAACACCUCGGUCAUGGUGGGCGACCUGCAGUCUCACACUAACUACAGCUUCCUGCUGGAGGCUGUCAACGGGGUGUCAGAGCUGGCCAAAGACCAUGCCAAGCAGUAUGUGUCACUGAACGUGACAACCAAUCAGGCAGCACCAUCCCCAGUGAGUGUGGUGAGAAAAGGCGUAACGGGGAAGAGCAGCAUCUCCCUUUCUUGGGCAGAGCCCGAUCGCCCCAACGGCAUCAUACUGGAGUACGAGAUCAAGUAUUUUGAAAAGGAACAGGACUCCAGCUACACUAUUAUAAAAUCCAAGGAGACAGAGAUGAUGGUGGACAGCCUGAAGCCCUCUUCAGUCUACAUAUUCCAGGUGCGAGCUAGGACCUCAGCGGGCUAUGGCGCGUUUAGCCGACGUUUUGAAUUCCAGACGAGCCCUUACCUAACCGCGACCAGCGAGCGCGCUCAAGCUUCCAUAGUCGCUGUGGCCAUCACGCUGGCUCUGGUCCUACUGGCGGUAGUCGCUGGCUUCCUGCUCAGUGGACGGCGGUGUGGCUACAGUAAAGCAAAGCAGGAUCCUGAAGAGGAGAAGAUGCACUUCCACAAUGGUCACAUAAAGUUCCCGGGGGUGCGCACCUACAUUGACCCCCUCACCUAUGAGGAUCCAAACCAGGCCGUGCAUGAAUUUGCCCAAGAGAUUGAUGUCUCGUUCAUCUCCAUAGAGAGGAUCAUUGGAGCUGGGGAAUUCGGCGAGGUGUGCAGCGGACCGCUGAGGCUGCCAGGGAAAAGAGAGAUGCAGGUUGCCAUUAAGACCUUGAAAGCGGGAUACACCGAGCAGCAGAGACGCGAUUUCCUGUGGGAGGCGUCGAUCAUGGGCCAGUUUAACCACCCAAAUAUCAUCCGUCUGGAGGGCGUGGUCACCAAGAGCAAGCCGGUGAUGAUCAUAACUGAAUACAUGGAGAAUGGAUCGCUGGACACCUUCCUCAAGAAAAACGAUGGUCAGUUUACUGUAAUCCAGCUGGUUGGUAUGCUGCGUGGCAUCGCGUCUGGGAUGAGAUACCUGUCCGACAUGGGCUACGUCCACCGGGACCUCGCAGCCCGUAACAUCCUGGUCAACGGCAACCUUGUGUCUAAAGUAUCUGAUUUUGGUCUGUCCCGAGUCCUGGAAGAUGACCCGGAGGCUGCGUACACCACACGGGGCGGGAAGAUUCCCAUCCGCUGGACGGCUCCGGAGGCCAUCGCCUACAGGAAGUUCACCUCGGCCAGCGACGUGUGGAGUUACGGGAUCGUCAUGUGGGAAGUGAUGUCGUACGGAGAGAGGCCAUACUGGGAGAUGUCCAAUCAAGAUGUCAUAAAGGCAGUUGAGGAGAGCUAUAGGUUACCGGGUCCUAUGGACUGCCCUGAGGCUUUAUACCACCUCAUGAUGGACUGUUGGCAGCGAGAACGCAGCAACCGGCCCAAGUUUGAUGAGAUUGUCUGCCUGCUCGACAAACUCAUCCGCAAUCCCAGCUCAUUGAAGAAACUGGUCAACUCCUCACACAGGGUUUCCAACCUGUUAGUGGAGCACGCCAGCGUAGAAGGGAACUGCCGCACUCUGAGCCAGACCGUGGGGGAAUGGCUCGACUCCAUCAAGAUGGGUCGUUACACGGAGCUCUUCGUGGAAGGAGGUUAUUCUUCACUGGAGACAGUGGCUCAGAUGACAUCAGAGGAUCUACGAAGAGUAGGAGUGAACCUUGCUGGACAUCAAAAAAAAAUCAUCACUAGUAUUCAGGAGAUGAGAGUCCACAUGAACAACACCAACUCUGCUGUAAAGAUCUGAUGGAUAUGUACAGGCAUGCACACACACACACACACACACAACAUAUGGACCUAGUAUUUGACAAAUAGACUUGCGGUUGGACCUAGAACGGCUUAGCACUUUCUACGGACAAAGAAGCCCAGCGUAUACGGAGCUGAGCUGGAAGGUCCACGUUCUUCAUUGUGGUUCUUGUGUGUCACCUGAGAUUUUUAACUAAAACCAAACUCAACUGACUGCAGUGGUGCGACAUGAAGGAAAGAAGAUGGUGAGCUGAGCAGAAGUGAAGAGUUUUCAUUCUAAUUGUUCAGUUUGUGUGUAUAUUUGGGAUUGGGAAAUCUCUGUGUUUGAUCAAACGAGAGUAGCCAGCUCUUCUCGGCUGUAUCUCGGAUACAGAUUCAUGUAGGGGGCUCAGACUUAACAUUUUCAGCUCAUCUUAGGCGAUUCGAACCAGGUGGAUCUGAACUGUUUCUCUGGAAGUGUUGUUCCAUCACAAAACAUUGAACUGAAAACCAUCCUCAGGCGGGGGAGAAUACUACCGGACCAUGCACAACACGUUCGUUGCUUCCAGGCUUUGCUUUGCCAUGCGGCUUAGGAUUUUGUUUUCCUGUCACAUGCACGUCUUCAUACAACACCAGUGCAGUUUUAAGACUCAUUCAGCAUUGUGUACUACCUUGUCUUCCAACCCAAUGCAAGACAAGACUACACAAUGCAACGUUAUUGUUUGAAGGGGCUAUAAUUUACAACACUAUAACAAGGAAGUUGGUGAGGUCUGGCUGCUUCCACAUGGGACACGUCUUAUUGAACCAACAAAAGGAAAGUGUUAAAAUAAGCAAUGCUGGAAGCAUUACUGUACCCUUUUACUGCUCUUCUGUCUGAAUGUAUAGCACUUCACAACACCUGGUUGCCAUAUCAUUCAACUUUGUUUGAUAUGGAAAUGGCACCGAGCAGAGACGAUGUUAUCUAUAUGGUGCUUUAACCAAGCUUCUGAAUGCACAUUGUCAAAGAUGGCUAUCCUGCAUCUUUGCCCUAAUCAUCUUUGGGAAUCUCCAUAAACAUCUUGAUGAUGGAGAUCAACCCCUAGACCAUGAAGAUGCUAUUUCAAACUUUCCGCUUACAACUGGAUACUUUACGCAUGUUUUAGUGGAAGGUUCACUCAGAUACACUCAGCGCGUCCUUCAGAGUUUAGAAGAAUCGUUAACUUUCUACAGGAACCUCUGCUUAUCCUUCAUCCAUAUUCUGAUCAACCUUCGCGCAGGCUUUAGGUCGGACAUGUUCUAAUGGAAAUAUCACAUGUGACUUCCUGUAGGAUUCAGCUGAAACAUUCAAUACAACAGUGGUUUUCUUUUCCUUGAAGUGGAUGAGAAAUGGACACUGAUGGAACAUGUGAUAACUGAACCGCCGGUGAGAUUCAAGUGGGACUGUUUACUGAUAUUUUAAUAAACCUUCACUCAGAUUCAAAUGGAAUCUCAACUUGGAUUCCAAGGCAGCCUUCACUCAAGAGGUCACUCAGAUUUUCACAGAGCCUUCACUUAACCAAUAACCUUCAGGUACCGCAGAAAACCCUCAACAAUCUCUUCAGUUCACCGUGCCAGGUCUCUCCACCACAUGUCAGCUACACCACUAAGAACCUCACAGGACUGCUGAAAACAAGGAGGCAAUAUUGAUACACUUGAUAAUCAUUUUUUUAUUCUUGUUUUAAAAAAAGAGUAAUAAUGAUGACAGUUUGUUUCAUCAUUAUACUCUCUGUUGGACUACCGAGCAGCUACAUGUCAUUCAUGUAUAUAAUGUAUAUUAUAUUUAAAGCAGGGAGCAUUGUUCUUCUGUCUACCAUUAUGUGGACAAGUUGGUAUUGAUCAAGCAUACACUAGUAAAUUGUGACAUAUUCUAAAUCAGCGUUUCUGCUACUUGAGCUACUAGACCUGCGCCACUGUCAGGUGGGGGCAACCAGCACAUCUGUCCCCCUGUAAGGGUGCCCUAAAGGGUAUGCAGAAUUAUCAGAUAUUCAUGUUAUGUUGUUGGUGAUUGUAUUUCCUUUCAAGUUUUGGUACAAGACCUAGAAAUAUUUUCAGCGGCCCUAAAUGAGACCGCAAUAAUUGCUCUGUUGUUUUUAAAAAAGCCAGAGGGGUGUGCACAGGGAUCAUGCUAUGAACUGAAUAUGAACUUCUGGUAUGGUUUAAAUGUAUACAAUGAUGUCAGUCAUCCACCCUUUGCUUUGCUUCUCUUUAGUAUAAUAUAUUAUAGAUUACUAAUCAGUGCUUUAUUGCUUAGACUUGACCAUUUUCACAACUACGUACACCUUAGCAGGGCCUGAGUUCUAACAAUAUAUAUCCUCUUUGCAGAUGAUGUGCUAAUAUAUUCUUGGUUAUACACCGUGCAGAUGCUAUGGCUUAAGAGUCGAAACAAAAUGAGAUUGUAAGUCUAGUUUUAUAAGAAGUGUUAUUAUUUGACUGUAUGAAAAGCACACAAGAAGAAUGUAAGGUUUUAAAGGGGAAUUUCAUUUUUUAGUGGAUACAUUUUGCUUUUAAACUCAAACUUACUGUUGACUUCCACAGGAAAAGGCAAAAAAAAGGCCUUCAUGGCCAAACUCACUUGGGGCUUUUAAACUAUUCCACCUGCUCAUAAAGAUAAUACUCCUUGACUGGUUUCAUAAAAGACUGAGUAAUUUGAAUUGGUAUUCUAUAUGGGAAUGUGUUUUCAAAGUCAAAAUGUUCUAACAGUGAAAGUUUGCUUGAUUCUUUAGUCUCCAUACAUCAUUUCGGAGGUGUGGCUCCUGAUAUACGAUGCGCUAAGAACAAGAGCUUUUUCGCAACAUUUAAUCUUUUUAGCAAGUCUGAGUCUGCCACCAACUUCUGUUAGUUAAACACAAACGCACUGCGGGUAGAUUAUUGUGGCAAUGCAGAUUUCAAGUGCUGCGGCGGGAAAUGCAUAACUGAUAUGGUGCCCCUUUUUAUAUUUGAGAAUAUAAGGCAUGUACGGUUGAAAUAAUGCUGGGUGGCCCCUUGAGUCAUGUGAAUACCACAUGUGAUGAAGAUAAAAAGUGUUUUGACCCCACCCAAAUUUCAUGUUAUUGGCUUUUUAUAACCACUCUUCACAUAAUUUUCAACUUAAAACCAUGCCUGUGCCAUGAACAAUUGGUGAAAAGUACACCCUUAUAAGUGCCUCUCAUAUUAUGAGCACCAUUUUUCCUCCCCUGCCAAAAUGCUAUUUAUUUGCUUUUUGCCAACAAUAUCUUCAGGCAUUAAGAAGAAUGUCUGACCAUGUGUAUCUUGGAACUAAUUUAAUUUGCACUUUAUAACAAAUCUUGUGCCCUCUUGGUUUGACUACAAAUGUCUAUAGUUGACUGACUUUUAAGUUAUUCUUAUUGAUCUAUUUUACAAUUACUAUGAUUACUGAGUUCCCUCAUGCUGAGUAUAUCACUUCAUAUUUUCAAUGCUUCCCAUAGUGACAUUUAACAGUUAAGCACAAGGCAUUGGUAAUAUUUUUAAGAAUAAAUCAAAGUUAUAUAUAUAUAUAGAAAACUAAAGCGUCAUUGAUGUAGAGCACCACCUUGUGUACGGCACAACGAUACACCCUCCAAACGUAAGCACGGGGUUUGAGAGAAGUCUUAGUGAGCGGUUGAUAUGACUUAAGGCUCUAUAACCCCUGAUGAUGACAAACUUCCGAGAGUAGCAACUUUAGCACUAUCACCGCUGAGUGUAAAAGCUGCCAUUGGUAUGUUGUCUUUGCAAACAACAAUACAUGUACAUCUUAGUCAUUGAAAUGAUUUAUUCUCAGCAGUUUUGCAACGGCAUUAUUUUAUCCUCGCCGUCUGUUGUUGCACAUUUUAUCUGGCAGGCAGAAACAAAGCACAGAAAACCAUCAGAGACUUGUAAAGAUUUAUUGAUGUGUUGUUACUUCAUAAUGACUUGAAGUGUUACGCCACAUGUGUAACUGUCAAAUUACAUGAAGUAAUACGUUUGAUUUAAGGUUUGUGCAAACAACCUUGUUGUUUAGAAAAGGGAACUAAUUUCAAUUAAUAUACAUUUCCAGAACAUAAUCUUGCAUUUGUACUGAAUUCUAGAAAUUGUAGAAAAGCAAUACCUGAUAUAAUUAUAAUAUUUGCAUACACCAUUAGGGGAUGAAAUAACCAUAAAUACUUAAAAGCAACUUUCUCUGAUAUCUGACUGAUUUCAAGACAUUUUCUAAAUGCAAAAAACUAGUGUUGGUGUCUUUUAAUAACCACCUAAACAAAAAGCAGAGACGUGGGUGGGGCUUUAUCUGGGACACAGCUUUACUAAUAACAGUCUUCUGGUUUUUCAGUAUAUUACUGUUUUUUACGUGCUUUUUCGGCAUAUGUGUCAUGAAUCUUUCAAAUGCUAAUUUGUAGAAAAAUGUUUUUUUUUGCCAGAGGCUCCACCCACUAUACGACUGUAUGUUUAACUUCUCAGGAAGUGGAAUAUGAGUAACUUUAUUGGGACGUCGAUAUGUUUUCUUGUGCAGCUUUCACUAAAGUAUCAACAUACAAAAGCAGGUAUGUGGUUAUUAGGUUUUCCCCCAAACGAUCAUUUUAUCAGCUACUCACACAUAAUGUUUAAAAGAACUGAAUAACUGUUUUGUGAAUAUUUAAAUGCACAGUAACAAUACAAUUGAUGUGCCAUUGGUUUGUCCUUGAGACUGUCAUGUAUUAUGUUUGUGUUGAUGUUUUUGUAGUGUGUUAUCAAAAUCUAUAUUUUUGCAAUAAAUCCUUUG